AUGGCAGAGAGGAGCUUUUUGGUACAAUUUGUGCUGCUGGUUUUGAUGGGUCUUACACUGGAGACAGCUUACGCCCAUGUUUUCACCCCAAGUCGCCUCCAGCAACACAAAAUCCUCCACUUGGACUGGCCCAAGGAUUGUGGCCUGGCUCACUUCAAACCACACACCACAGAACGCAUUGUUUCAGGCAAUGAGGCCAGACCCCAUUCAUGGCCAUGGCAGGUCUCACUGCAGGUUCGGCCUAGAGGCAGCAAACACUAUGUCCAUGUGUGUGGUGGGACCCUGAUUCACAAAAACUGGGUGCUGACUGCAGCCCACUGCUUCCAGAAGGGUAAAGCUGAAGAAGCAGGCAAUUGGCGUAUCGUUUUGGGGAAGCACCGGCUGAAGAAAUCUGAAGCUGCCGAGCGUAUUUUCCCUGUGAAGAGAAUCUACACACAUGAACAUUUUCGCUACCCAUUGCACAGUGAACUGGAUUAUGACAUAGCCUUGGUUAAAGCAGGCACGGACAUCCUGUCCAGCAACUUUAUCCGCUACGCCUGCCUACCGCGUAAGCAGACCAACCUAACACCUGGACAUUUCUGCUGGGUGACCGGCUGGGGCGAUACACGAGGUGGGAAAGAUAAUGUGUCACUGGCUGAGUCACUAAACCAGGCCCGUCUGCCCAUCAUUGACCACAAAACAUGCCGACAGAAGACGUUUUGGGGAGAGCGUGUGAGGGAGUCCAUGAUCUGCGCUGGCUUUAGAGACACAGAAGGACCCCCUGCUGCCUGCCAGGGAGAUUCAGGUGGUCCGCUAAUGUGUCAAGUAGGCGAGGAUCGCUGGGAGGUGCGAGGCAUAGUGAGCUUCGGUCCUAUCGGCUGUACAGUGGAAAAUAAGCCCAGCGUUUUUACUCGGACUGCUGCUUACAUCCCCUGGAUUGAAGCCACUCGCAUCAGGGACUUCUUUUUCCACUGAUCUCUGUGACUUUAAUGUGAACCAAGUCAAACUGGAAGGGUUGGACAGUUGUAGAGUGACCAUAAUACCUGCACCUGGCAUGUGCUCAGAGCCACCCAUUAAAUCAUCCAUCUGCACUGCACAGAACAGAGCUCUAGGAGAGCAUUCAGUUUGCCACUGAUGUUAGCAGUCAGUUUUAGCUGCAG